UCACUGCAGAAAAUCUGUACUUGCACCAUAAAGGAUGGUCCGAUAUGAAUUUGACCACCGAAAGGUAGCGAUUCUAAUAAUAUAUGCUGAUUACAUGCAGCAUAACCACCCGCAAACUACCCGUCAAAUCAUGCAAAAAAUACAACGUUGAAUUUUAAACAGCACCGGUCACUAAAUAAACAGGAAUUCUGCCUCAACUGACAAGACAUCUGGUCUAUCGGAGGCCGCGUAUUCUUGUCCUCAUGACGAACAAGAAGUGCUUCAAGCCAUAGGAUUCAUUAACAAGUUUUGGUAUGACUAUAUGAUGUUACUUCUCCAUCUGAUUGUACUGAUCUUGGGAUAUCAUGAGCAAGUGCUGGGAUUUCAAGAGAGAGCUCUUGUUGAGAACUUGCUGGAAAAUUAUCAUGAGGAGCUCAGGCCACUAGUUGAGAACAAUUCCCAGCCAACAGCUGUCAAUAUUAGUCUGAGAUUGAUACAGAUUUUUGAAAUGGACGUCAAGAAACAAGUCAUCAUUACAAGCGUCUGGCUUAAGCAGGCCUGGUUUGAUCCGGAGUUGAGAUGGAACAAAUCUCAAUAUGGUUGGAUCGACGAAAUAAGCUUGUCGCCUGAUGAUGUGUGGGUUCCAGACACUGUGCUCCUUAACAAGGAAACCGGGAUAAGCUCCGGCCUGAUGGGCCACUUGGCUCGCGUGCAGACUUUACCUUACCUUAUUGCAGAAAGCGGUGAGUGGUACCUGGAAAGAGUUUAUGCUCUGCGGUCGUCAAGCAAGGCAACCCAUAGCAACACAGAAAACAAGUCAGCGGUAACCUACGUGAUACACAUACGAAGAAAGGUCUUCUAUUACUUCGUCUACCUCAUCGCGCCAUGCAUGGUGACGUCAUUCAUGACAUUAAUCUUGUUCACCCUACCCCCUGAGAGUGGCGAGAGGAUGGUGGUGGGCGUCACCAUUUUGCUUUCGCUUACGGUCUUCUAUCUGCUGGCUUCAACCCAUAUUCCUGAAACCUCAGAGGUGGUGCCACUGAUCGGCAGAUAUUACUCACUGACCAUCAUCGAGAUCGCAUGCGCAUUGGGUUUGACAUGCUGGGUUUUACGGUUUCAUCAUUACAACACAUCGGUUGGAAAAGUUCCUAACUGGGUCAGGGUUUACAUUCUUGGUUAUAUCGCCAGAGCAGUGCUAUAUAAAGUCCCUGAUGGAAGCUCCUCGGAGAACGGUAGUGUUGAAGUUCAAGGCAACCGAGAUACCGCUGUCAGCGACAAUGACGGCUCAUUUGCUCGUCGGCGCCUUCCCAGAGAGCCCAGCGGUAUCACCAUGAUGGCGGAGCGAGUGUCGAAGAAGCAAGAAGAGGAAAAUGUACAAGACGAAUGGCAGCUGGCCGCGCGGGUUAUCAACCGGUUUUUCUUAGUAGGCUACCUCGUCGCCGUUUUCCUUUCCAUAUCUGUCAUCUUCCUGCAAGUUCCCGGGGUUCUAGUCACCAGGCCCUCGCCGCCAACCUCUGACGAGGAGUAAUCUGUCAUGUCAAUCCGGAACAAGCCGUGGUUGUGAACGCUCCUCGGAAGCUUCAACUCAACACUAAAAGAUCACUGAAAAAUUUGAUUGGUUAAAUU